AUGGAACGACCAGUUAGCCGUGCUGCAAUGGUACCGGAAUCAACCGGAUCAGUUACUCCAUUACGGUCAGUGAGUCAAAUUAGUUCUAUUCCAACAACACGAUUGAAUACUGCUAUGCGUAACGAAAAUGUUCGAAAUCGUUUGGGUACAGGUCAAAAUGGUAGAUUACCGACAGGUACAAUUCAAGCAGCACCACGUGGUACCACAAUGCGACCUGUAACACAGCAAGGAUUAACUGGUGUUAAAACAGCAACCAGAAUUGGAAGUGGACGUUUUGUGAUCGAUAAAAGUUACUAUAUGUCAUUAUUUCGAGCACAAAUGAAUAAUUUAAUGAAUGAAAUUGAUAAAUUACGUGAUGAUUUAAACAGAGGUGAACGUGAUCGACAAAAUUUAUUGAUUUAUGAAAAGAAAGCAGAAGAAGAAGCAAAUAUAAUUCGAACAUUGCAGGGACGUUUACUAGAUUGUAAUAAAAUAAUGGAUUUGACUAAUACAAAUUCGGAAUUGCAUGAAAUUGAAAAUGAAUUAUCGAAAUUACAUAAACAACGUAAUGAUGCCGAAAAGAAUUUAGCUGAUUUAGUUGAAAAUCGACGUAUGAAAGAAGAUGAAAUACGUUUAAUUGAAAAUAAAAUUGAGGAACAGAAAGCACAAAAUAAUGCUAAAUUUCAUUCAAUGAAUCCAACAAUUUAUGAUGCAUAUGAAGAACUGAAGAAAGAAAAUGAGAAAUUAUUGGAAGAAUAUGGGAUGAAACAGAAAGAAUUAAAUGAAUUAAAUGAAAAGAAGGAACAAUUUGAUGAACAUUUGGCAAAAUUUACACUCAAACAACAAGCUGCUGCACUUUACGAACGUUUGGCAGAAUUAGAAGAGAAAAAGAUGACAAUUGUUGAUGAAAUUAACGCCGAAGGUACGCCAGAUGAGCAACGUGAACGUUUACUGCAAACAGUCAUACGUACAACUAAUGAAAUUGAUAUUAUACAAAAACAAUUAGAUGAUGUUAAUGAACAAACUGAACAAUUAAGAGAGGAAUUACGAGAAUUUGAUAUUGAAAUGGAAAAUGUUGCUGGUGAAAGAAACGAGAAAUAUCGAGAAGUUAAAUUAAAAGAAAUGCAAAUAGAUGAAUUUUUAAAUUCAUACGACAAUUUGAAAGCAGAAGAAGAGUCACAAAUUGAUGUAAUAUCCACUGAAGUAGUUCGCAAAUUAGAAUUAAUUUCAACAAACAUUACGAAUUUAAGUUUAACUUCUGGGACCACCAAUCUCGAUCUCACCGAAUUAGCCGAAUUCAAUGAAAAUGUUACAGUAUCAGCGUUACAGGAAUUGUAUGUUUGUUUACAACAAGAAUUAAAUGAAAUGAAUAAGCUGGAAGAGAAGCUUCAAAUGGCUAAUAAACAGAUUAGUGAAGAAAUAAAAGAAAUGAAUGAGAAAAUGGAUGAAUUUGAAAAUAUUAACGAUUUCAAAGUUCAUAAAGAACAAAAACGUCAGGAAUUAGAAAAUUGUCAUGAAAUGUUGAUGGUAGAAUUACCAAAAAUUAACAAUUCAUAUGAGAAAUUGAUGGAUGAAUUAGAGCAAACAAAAUUUAAACUCGAAAAAAAUGAUGAUUAUAUCAAAUUUAAAAAUGUUGAAAAGAAAUGGCAAUGUGCAGAAAAAAAUUUGAAUGUGUUACGUGAAGAAGCUGCACAACGAGAAUUGGAAACAAAUUAUCAAGUUUUCAAGGAAGAGGCGUUACGAUUAAAAGCAGAAUAUAAUGCAGUGUUGAUCGCAUCUAUGAAAAUUUGUUGA